AUGGAACAAAUUAAGGAAUUGGACGAGGUAGUUAAGUUUAAAAGUGCUGAACUUAGAAUUGUUGGAUUUGUUGGGAUGUCUGGUAUUGGUAAAACCACUCUCGCAGAUGCUUAUUUCAAAAAAUGGACAGAUAACUUUGUCUUUAACAAGUAUAUCUUUGGGAUCCGUGAGAAGUCAAAAGAACAUGGGUCGGAUUGGUUGAAGGGCAUACUUAUGAAUGGGGAAGACAAUGAUAACGCUGAGAUGUUCACUAAGAAAAUUCUUGUUGUUUUGGAUGAUGUGAGCCACAAGGACCAAUCAUCUAUCGAAGAACUGGUAGACGAUACUUACGUGGUCUCUGGUUUGAACGAUAAAGAAGCUCUUCAACUCUUCAACCAUCACGCAGAAGGGAGUUUCCCUGAGCUAUCCAAAAAAUGUGUGGAGUAUGCUGGAGGCAAUCCACGAGCCCUUGAGGAAUUGGGAAAGGAGCUUUGUGGGAAAGACGAGGAUCAGUGGGAAGCAAGACUAGUAACCCUGCCACAUUGUUGCAAUCCCAAGAUCCUAACUGAACUGAGAUUCAGUUAUGACAAAUUGAGUGAUCAACAAAAGGAUCCGUACGUGCCUGAGUCUGGUGAAGCUGUUAGAGAUCUUGUUGAAAUGUUGUUGAUAUGCAUCUCUGCUGGCCGAAUCGAGAUGCAUAAUCUACUGUGUACAUUGGGCAAGCAACUUGGUUCAUCCAAUGAAAACAAGUCGGGGGAAAGAAUGUGGAAUGAUGACGAAAGUAUUGUGACUCUGUGGUCAGAACAUGGAAAGAAGGAAAAGCACAAGGUGAGAGGUAUUUUCCUAGACACUUCCAAAUUUGAAGAAAACAAGGGAAAGGCCUUAGAUAAGAAAGAUUUUAUCAGAAGGUUCAACCCGCAGACUCUGCGAUACCUCAAAAUCUAUGAUUCUCUUUGUCCUCAGCAAUGUGAAGUUGACUGUAAAGUAAACUUGCCCGAGAGGCUUAACUUUCCAUUUCCAGAGAUUCGAUAUUUUCACUGGCUGAAAUUCCCUCUGGAUGAUCUUCCAUCAGACUUUAACCCAAAGAAUCUUAUUGACCUCAGGCUUCCUUACAGUAAGAUUAAACAUGUUUGGAAAGAGGCUAAGCAUUUAACUUUUGCAUCAAAAUGA